AUGACUGCUGCGGGAGUCUCCCCGUCAAGCUCCCCGCGGCUUCCCAGCCCUCCUCCCUUUACUGAGGUUCAGAUUGGGCCUCAGUCGCCGUCGGUCGGCGAAUCCUUUGGCAAAGACGCAGACCUGCUUGGUGUUGCGAUUGGAGAAAACGAUGGCUCGACGCGCAGAAUCCGGCCAGGGACCAAAUCCGCCAACAUGGGCCUGCCGGUGAUUCCCCUUUCGCAGCUUAAUUCUCCAUUUCAGCUUCAGGAACACCUCAAAGCCCAGUACCAUAAGCUUGCGCCCCAGUACCCCAAGCUCAAGGAGAAGUACGAUACGCUUAUGGAGAAGUACGAUGUGCUUAUGAAGGAGUACAAUGAGUGCAAGUGCGAAGCAUCUGACAAUGCGGACCCGAAGUACGAUGUACUUAUGAAGGAGUACAAUGUGCUUAUGGAGGAGUACAAUAAGCAGAACCCAAACGAAUUUGACAAGGUGGACCCGACUAGCGAGGUUGCGACAGAGCCGACAGAACUCCCGGAGAUCGACGUUGCGAAAAAGCCAAAAAAGCCGGAGAGCGAGGUUGCGAACGAGCUGACGAAACCUCCGAAGGGAGUCGAUGAGACGGUUUGGAAAUAUGAACUGUGCCGCUUCUUCACUAUAGAAGCUAAUCGCCUCAUCGAGGGCUUUUUCGCUGAGAGCCCGCCCUGCUCGGUGCAAACUUGUCCCGAGAUGCGAGUCAACGAUUGGCAGUAUAUUUGCGCGGGCGCGGGGCACCCGAAAGCCAAAUAUUGCUGCGCAAUUGACUAUUGCUGCCAUACUCUGGAUUGGGCUAUGAACAUCCUCACCUCGAAGAAAAAAUUCCCCAGCCGACUUAGAUUGCCAGAUGAUGAGAGUACCACGAACCCCUUACAUGAUAUCUUCCGCCGCCUUUACCGCUUCUUCGCGCACGCAUGGUUCCGGCAUCCUGGUGUGUUUUCCAAGGUAGAAAAGCAUGGCGGUCUGUACGUCUUUUUCAAGACCGUUUGUGUUUACUACAACCUUAUCACGGACUACACGAUUCCCCUUAAGGCUGGAGGACCAGAUGAAGUCGCAGCAGCUCAGGAAAGGCAAGAGGCCAAGAAGAGGAAGGAAGAAUCCGAGGAAAAACCUGUCAACAGCAACAACCGUUUCACUAUUCUACGCAAGGAAGAUGAAAACUCACUUGGUACUGCUGUGGAGAGUCAGGACCCGGCGCUCGCCACUGGCGCGACCGCCCGUCGCCACAAGCACAGUCCUUCAACAGGAUCGCGGGUUACAACUAUCGCGGAGGAUGCGGAGGAUCUGGAAGAUAUUACGCCUCCGCCGCGUGAACCUCGGAAGCAAUCGCCCGAAUCAAGGCCUGUUUCUGUUUUAGAAAUACGGACUAGAGAGGAGCCUACUGAGCCACCUACUGAUGUGGGAAAGUCUUCCGAAGAGCCAGUUGAGCAAGCUCAGGAACAGCCGCCACAAGGACCCUAUGAGCAGCCAUCUGAAACUCCUGAAGGCCAGGAAAAGACUGAGCAGGUCGAGCAAAUUGAGGAGUCGGCUACAAAAACAGAAUCGUCCAUCGACAAGUAUGCUACGGAAGGCGAUGAAAAUACGACUUCCUACGAAGAGGCAACUCCAGCUGAGGAGCCCGAAGCAGAGAUUGAGGUGCCGAAAAAGCAUCCCGUUGCCCCUGAAACCAAACACGAGCCAGAGAAAGAGGACUCUUGA